AUGCGGGGAACACGUCCCUCAGCCGGGGCGGCGGCCCGACGUCCCCGCGGGGCUCAGGACGCCGGGGAGGAGCCCGGGGCCGCGGCCUGCGACCUGCAGAGGGGCACAUCUAACAUGUCAUUUGAGGAGCUGUUGGAAUUGGAGAGCCAAGUGGGCACUAAGACAUAUAAACGAUUGGUGGUUGCAAACAGCACUAAGAAACAACGUUCUAGACCAUCUGUCCAAAGUACAUGUGUUGCAGAUAAGCACAGGCCUCUGGAAAUGUCAGCCAAGAUCCAAGUACCAUUUUUACGUCAGGUUGUUCCCAUCUGUAAAAAGGUGGCCCGGGACCCCCGCUUUGACGAUCUAUCAGGAGAAUAUAAUCCUGAGGUGUUUGACAAAACAUACCAAUUCUUGGAUGACAUCCGAGCCAAAGAGAAACAGCUUGUGAAAAAGCAGUUGAAGAAGCACCGUUCAGGGGAGGAGCAUGAGAAACUGCAGCAGCUGCUUCAGCGAAUGGAACAGCAAGAAAUGGCACAGCAGGAACGAAAGCGGCUGCAGGAGCUGCACCUGGUCCUGAAGCAGGAACGGCGGGCUCAGGCCCAGCACGGCCAUCGGCCAUACUUCCUGAAGAAAUCUGAGCAGCGCCAGCUGGCCCUAGCGGAGAAGUUCAAGGAGCUGAGACGCAGAAGGAAGCUGGAGAGCUUCUUGAAUCGAAAGAGGCGCCGAAAUGCAGGCAAGGAUAAGAGACAUCUCCCUUUGAGCAAAGAGUAAUAAGGAACUGUCCUCUGCUCUGCCACUGCCUCAGGGAGACAUGGAUCUAUGGGGACAGUCUUGGGCUUGGCCUGUUUUCCUGGUUCCUUCCUGUUCAAGGGCAAGGAUCACAGCUGCCCUUGAACUAGGUUGGCUCAGAGGAGGCUGGAGGGCUCUUCAACUGCCCACGGGGCUUGACAAGAAGAGUAGCUCAGCCUUCUGCCCAGCCACACUGCUUCUGCUUGGAUCUGGUUCAUCAUGUCCUCGUGACCUUCUCCCACCCUUGCCUUAAACCAGUGAUUCUGGUACAGAAGAAGAGGGGCCAGUGAGUGACCUUGAGGCCACUGUAGGCUAUGGAAUCUGUUCGUGGCUCCCAGGGCUGGCACUUUAUGUAGGAGCCACUUCAUAAACAUUCUUGUUACUCAUC